UACAACGUGCGUUUGGUGCUCGAAAUCUCCGCGAAGGAACCGACGCCAGCAGCUCAACCGGACCCCGGACAACCGAUACCCCGUGACAUUCCAGCCCCAAAAAUGAAGCGCUCUCGCUGGAACGCGCCCCAGGAAACGCCGGAGGCCAAGGUUCAGAAACGCGCGGAACAGCUCAAACCGUACGACGUUCCGGAACCGAUCCGAACGCUUUGCGCCAGCAAUUAUUGUCGCUCGGAUGGUUGGACACCGGCGGUGGACGCCCUGCUGGCCGAACUGGAACUCAUCAAGGGCGGGUCGGUUCCGCUGGGGCUGGACAAUUACCGGGACCGGCUGCGGCUGUUGAACCAGAUCGAGGACGAACAUCUGAACGGCGUUUAUCGGGAGUGCUGUUUGGAGGCUGUCGGGGUGGCACCGGAAGCGGAGGAAGCGAACGAUGGUGGCUUUUGCUAUCGGUUUCAGCUGUCGGAAGAUUCGGAGAUUCGCCGAGAUACCGAGGUUCGGCUGACGGUGCACCAGAAGAACUGCCUGCACAUUGAGCACAGCGAUGAGGGGUGCAAGCGUCCGAGGAACUUUUUUUCCGGCACGGUUGACAGUAUGGCGGGGAGGUUCGUGCGGGUUCGGCUGGAUUUGAAGGUGCGACUGCCGGAAGAAUCGAUGGUGGAGAAGGUCGAGUUUAUCGCGGAGCGAACCGUCUUUCGGUUGGAGUAUCGCGCUUUGGAGUUGCUGAAGGAUGGCUUUAUUGAGAAGGUUUUGUUUCCUAAGGAGGUUCUGGGGAAGGAGGAGGAACGGUUUACGAGUUUCGAGUGGUUCCAACCGAGUGUGGCCUCCAAUCAGGAGCAAGCGGAGGCCAUUCAGAGCAUUGUGAACGGGACGUCCUACCCGGCGCCGUAUUUGCUGUUUGGGCCUCCUGGAACGGGCAAAACGGCCACCUUGGUUGAGGCCAUCGGGCAAAUCUGCAAGCUUAAACCAAACGCGAAAAUCCUCGCCAUGGCCACUUCCAACGCGGCCGCGAACGAGCUCACCGUCCGGCUGUUGCGGAUCCUGCCGGAGCAACGAGUUUUGCGCUUCUUCGCCAAGUCCCUCGAGAAGAAGAAAGAUUUCAUCGAUCAACGCGUCAUGAACGUGUCGAAUUUGUUCGAAACUCCAAAUGCCGCUGGAAUUCAUGGCAAGAUUCUAGGCUUCCAGGUCAUCGUGUGUACCCUGUCAACCGCCGGACGGUUGGUCAUGUACCAGGUUCCAACGGGUCAUUUCAGUCAUAUUUUUAUUGACGAAUGUGGCAGUGCCAAGGAGAUUUCCUGCCUGGUUCCCAUCGCGAGUUUUGGCACCGGAAAAGGCGAAGAAACAACGAGCAUCGUCCUCGCCGGAGAUCCGAAACAGCUCGGACCGGUCAUCCAGUGCGAUUUCCUCGACAAAACCAACCACGGAAUGUCGCUACUGGAGCGUCUAACCGACCACGAGCUGUACCGCAGGGACGAACUCACCGGAAGUUACGAUCCGCGCGUCAUCACGCUGCUCCGGGACAACUUCCGGUCGCAUCAAGCCCUGCUCAAAUUCCCCAACCAAGCGUUCUACGAGGGUCAAUUGCGCGUCAAAGCCGCCCCGGAACUCACCAACUGGGCCAUCGGUUGGCGCCGUCUGCCAAACUACAGCUUCCCACUGAUCUUCCACUCCGUCGCCGGUGAGGUCACCCGCGAAAAGGGUUCCGCCAGCAUGGCCAACGUGCAGGAAGCCAAGCGCGUCGCCUCGUACGUCGAGGACAUCCUCUGGAACGGCAUCAACGGCAAGAAAAUCACCCAAAACUCGAUCGGCAUCAUUUCCCCGUACGCGUGCCAGGUCCGCUACCUCAAGGAGCUGCUCAAGUCACGUGGCCGCGACGACAUCGAGAUCGGCUCCACGGAGCAGUACCAGGGCCGCGAAAAGGCCAUCAUGAUCAUCUCGACGGUGCGUUCCGGUGGCAGCGGCGUCGGCUUCCUGAACAACGUCAAGAGGCUGAACGUGUCCGUUACGCGGGCCCAAGCCCUCAUGAUUGUGGUCGGCGACGCGGACACGCUCGAGCGGAACGAAAGCUGGCGGGAGUUUAUCGGCUUUUGUCGCAAGCAUCGGGCCGUCGUUGGGAGCAAGAAGUGAGUUUUUUUUUCUUUUCUUUUUAUCUUUAUCGAAUCUCGAUAACGAUUUGACUGUACCAUUUCACAUUUCAAGACUACAACUAAGGAAUAAACCUUUCUUUCAUUCGUCUA